AGCGUGCGCCACAUGCGGCGGUCUUUCUUCCUGCGUGCUAGCUGUUAGCCGAGCCGCGCGUACAGGAGCAGUUUUUACAGAACCAUCGAGUUUCAGUUGAAAGAAAAAGGUGCGAAUAAAGAUGGCUGCUGCCGGGACACAGGGCAGGAAGAGACUCCUGAAGGACGAGGACAUGACUAAGGUGGAGUUUGAAACCAGCGAGGAGGUGGACGUCACCCCGACCUUCGACACGAUGGGGCUCCGGGAGGACCUUCUCCGCGGCAUCUACGCGUACGGUUUUGAGAAGCCGUCAGCCAUCCAGCAGAGAGCCAUCAAACAGAUCAUCAAAGGCCGAGACGUCAUCGCUCAGUCUCAGUCUGGAACAGGGAAAACGGCCACCUUCUGCAUCUCAGUGCUGCAGUGUCUCGACAUCCAGGUGAGGGAGACCCAGGCUCUGAUCCUCGCUCCAACCAGAGAGCUAGCCGGACAGAUUCAAAAGGUUCUGCUGGCUUUGGGAGACUAUAUGAAUGUCCAGUGUCACGCCUGCAUCGGAGGGACCAACGUGGGCGAGGACAUCCGCAAGCUGGAUUACGGCCAGCACGUGGUUGCUGGGACGCCUGGUCGGGUGUUCGACAUGAUCCGCCGCCGGAGUCUGAGAACGAGAGCCAUCAAGAUGCUGGUUCUGGACGAAGCUGAUGAGAUGCUCAACAAAGGUUUUAAGGAGCAGAUCUACGAUGUGUACCGUUACCUUCCUCCAGCCACACAGGUGGUUCUGAUCAGCGCCACGCUGCCACACGAGAUCCUGGAGAUGACCAACAAGUUCAUGACAGACCCCAUCCGUAUCCUGGUCAAACGUGAUGAGUUGACUUUGGAGGGAAUCAAACAGUUCUUUGUUGCCGUGGAGAGAGAGGAGUGGAAGUUCGACACGCUGUGUGACCUGUACGACACCUUGACCAUCACUCAGGCCGUCAUCUUCUGCAACACCAAGAGAAAGGUGGACUGGCUUACGGAGAAGAUGAGGGAGGCCAACUUCACCGUGUCGUCCAUGCACGGAGACAUGCCGCAGAAGGAGAGGGAGUCCAUCAUGAAGGAGUUCAGAUCCGGGGCCAGUCGCGUGUUGAUCUCUACUGAUGUUUGGGCCCGAGGUCUGGACGUCCCCCAGGUGUCCCUCAUCAUCAACUACGACCUUCCCAACAACAGAGAGCUCUACAUCCACAGGAUUGGUCGUUCUGGUCGUUAUGGCAGGAAGGGCGUGGCCAUCAACUUUGUGAAGAAUGAUGACAUCAGGAUCCUGCGGGACAUCGAGCAGUACUACUCCACCCAGAUCGACGAGAUGCCCAUGAACGUGGCUGAUCUGAUCUAAGCUGAUGACAUCACAACUGAGCCCUGCCCCUCAGCGCCCUUGAACAUUUAUUUUUAGUUUCUCAGUAAGGUUUUAUUGUCUGUAAACUGCCAUUGUUUUUGUAAAUAAAGUGGUUUUGGUUCCAUGA